AUGCUUAAAUUGCUGAUCUCAGGUUUUAUCUUUAUUAGAAUGAAGAAUCCCUCAAUAGUUGGAGUUCUGUGCACAGAUUCACAAGGCCUGAACCUUGGCUGUCGUGGAACCCUUUCAGAUGAACAUGCAGGUGUGAUAUCAGUUCUAGCCCAGCAGGCAGCCAAACUAACUUCAGAUCCUACUGAUGUUCCUGUUGUGUGUCUGGAGUCAGAUAAUGGGAACAUCAUGAUCCAGAAGCAUGACAGCAUCACUGUGGCAGUGCACAAAAUGGCAUCUUGAUCUUUCAUACAUCUGCUUGGUUCUUUUCCACCUUUGGACCAACUCCUUGUUGUUGGACUGAUCUAUUUCCUCUGCUGAUCUCAUACAGAAAGUGCUUGCAGAACUAAUUUUGAGCCAAUCUUAAAUAUGUGGUAGCUUCCCUCCUUAUUUAAACUGGUACUGUACUUCAGUCAGGGUCUAACUUCCAGCACAGCCCAGAACUUACUGUCAAGCAUGGAAUGUGGUUUAACUUACCUUGCUUGUGUAAUGAUCAAAUACCCUAACCUGUGGCCUUACUUGUUGAAUUCAAUAAAUUAUCUGAGAUGAAAUACGCA